AUUUCUUUUUGCAAAACCGGCACAACGAAUCUUUUGUGUGUCGUCAUCCACUUCCUCUCCUCUCUAAAAAGAAUCCUGAAUAAUUAUUAUUAUUAUCAGUAGUAUUAGCAUUAGUAGUAUCGGAAAAUGCAAACCAUUGUAGAUAUUGUCAAACCAAAACUCGAUACAAGAGAGUAUAAAGUCUUGAAAUUGGUGAAUGAAUUGGAAGUCUUAUUGGUGAGUGAUAGUGAAUCACAAACAUCUGCAGCUGCUAUGGAUGUUAAAGUUGGACACUUUUCCGAUCCUGCUGAUUUUCCUGGAUUGGCUCACUUUUGUGAACAUAUGUGUUUUUUAGGUUCAUCUAAAUAUCCACAAGAAGGAGAAUAUCAAGAAUUUAUUAAAAAGAAUGGAGGAAGUACAAAUGCAGGCACUUCUACAGAAACAACAGGAUUUUACUUUUCUGUUCAAAGUGGACAAUUGGAAAAGGCAUUGGAUAUGUUUGCACAAUUUUUCAUUGCACCAUCUUUUACUGAAAGUGCAACUGGAAGAGAAAUUCUUGCUGUGGACAGUGAACAUAAGAAAAAUUUGAAUGAAGAUCAUUGGAGACAAUAUCAAAUUUUAAAAUCUAAUUCAAAUUCUCAACAUCCAUUUUCAAAAUUCGCAACAGGUUGUGUGGAAACUUUGGAUACUACACCUAAGGAAAGAAAUAUGAAUGUUAGGGAUGCCUUGAUGGAAUUCCAUUCAAAGUAUUACUCUAGUAAUCAAAUGAAACUUUGUAUUCUUGGAAAUCAACCAAUUUCACAACUUGAAGAAUGGGCUGUCACCAAAUUUAGUGAAAUCAAGAACAUGGGUUCACAAACCCAUCACUUUUAUCCUAAAGAUGUUAAGCCAUUCGAAAAGGAACAAAUUUCAAAGUUUAUCAGAACCAAGACCAUUUCCGAUAUUACAGAAUUACUAGUUUUAUUCCCAAUUACAAUGAAAUCUGAUCAUGUUGAGGGAAGAAAUAUGAUUUACAAGUACAAACCUGACAAGUAUAUCACCCAUUUACUUGGCCAUGAAGGAAAGGGGUCAUUGUUUUCAUACCUGAAAAAACUUGGAUGGAGUAGUAGUUUAUCUGCUGGUCCUUUCCUUAGAGUUGGAGGAGUUCAUCAAGAAAUUGACUCCUUUACAUCAUUCACUCUUUACUCUGUUACUAUAGAAUUAACAUCAGAAGGUGAAUCGCAUAUCAAAGAAAUUGUAGAAAAGCUCUUUGAGUUCAUUGAUUUGGUAAGAAGUCAACCAGUUCAAAAAUGGGUAUUUGACGAAAUUACUCAUUUGGCUGAAAUUGGAUUGCAAAAUCUUGAAUUCCCAAGUGCAAUGCAAUGCGCAAGUGAUUUGUCUCAAAAUUUGACCAAGUAUUUGCCAAAAGAUGUUAUUUCUGGAGCUCAUCUCAUUGAAUACAAUGAAGUUGCAAUCAUUGAAUUCAUGCAACAACUCAAGGCCAAUAACUUUAACAUUUAUUAUCAAAAGAAUAGCUUUGAUGAUACUAAUUUCCUUGAAGAAAAGUGGUAUGGAACCAAGUACAGUGUAGAACAUAUUGAAAAAGAUUGGAUUGAACACCUCUCCAAUGUUAAACACGUAACACCUGAAUUGGAUUUCCCACCAAGAAAUCCAUUCAUUCCUGAAGAUUUAUCAAUCAAGGGUGUUAUUGACCAAGCAGAAAAUAGUCAACCUCCUGUUCUCAUUACUGAUGAUUCUAAAAUCAAAACUUGGUUCAAACAAGAUAAUUAUUUCGGAACUCCUCGUGGUAGUUUAAUUUACAAUAUUAUUCUUCCUCAAACUAAAGCAGAUCCAAGAACUGUUAUUCAAGCAGAAUUAUUUGCAGAACUUGUUAUGGAUUAUUUGAAUGAAGAAGCUUAUUUGGCUCAAGUUGCAGGAAUUCAAUAUACCAUCUCAUUCAAUCCAAAUGGUAUUAACGUUAUUGUAAUUGGUUUUAAUGACAAACUCUUGCAAGUUAAUAACAAGGUUUUGCAAACUAUGGUUGACUGUGCUGAUAAGAAACUUCUUUCUGAACAAAGAUUUAAUGUAAUUAUGGAGCUUCUUUCUAGAAACUACAAGAAUUUCCCAUUCUCUCAACCAUAUGAACACGCCAUGAUUGAAAGUAUUAGAUUCAUGUAUCAAAGAAAAUUCUGUGCUCUUGAUUACAUUCAAGUUGUUGACUCUAUCACUUUUGAAAGUUUCUAUAAUUUUGUUCAAAUGUGGAUGACAACAUUGAGAGUUGAAUUGUUAGUUCAUGGUAACUUUACAAAGGAAGAAGCAGAAAUAAUUUCAAUGGAAACUGAAAAUAUUCUUUACAAAAAUAGAAGUACCACAGUUAGUGUACCACUUCCAUGUCAAGAAAAUAGAGAAUAUGUUGUUCAACUGCCAGCUGGUACUGAUAUUCUAGUUCCAGUUUUAAGUUAUAAUCCAUCAAAUCCAAAUCAUGGUCUUGAAAUUGUUUACCAACUAGGUUUAAGAAGUUUUGAAUUAGAUACUUUGGCUGAAUUAUUUAAUCAAAUUGUUUCUACACCAUACUAUAGUUAUUUGCGUACUGAAAAGCAAUUGGGUUAUAUUGUUCACUCUAGAGUUAGAUUUGAUCAUAACGUUUGCUCGUUCAGUUGCAUUUUACAAUCACCAACCUAUGAUCCAAAGCACAUUCUCACAGAAAAUGAUACAUUUAUGGAAAGCUUUGGAGAAAUUUUGGCUGCAAUCACAGAACAAGAUCUUCAAGAAAUUAUCAAUUCCUUAAUUACAAAGAUAAUGGAAAAGGAAAAGAAGAUGAAAAUUGAAUCAGCCAGAUUAAUGACUGAAAUCUCAAAUCAACAAUACAAGUUUGAUAGAAGAGAAAGAAAAGUUGAAACUCUUAAGAAAUUUACAAAGCAACACCUUAUUGAUUUGUAUAAUGAUUAUUUGAUUCCUAGUGGAUCAAAAUUCAAGAGAGCUUCAUUCCUUCUCUUUGCUAGUUCUGAUGCUAAAUCAUAUGAAAAUGUUGCAACAUUCAAAGAUGAAAGAAAAUCCAUUCUCGUUUCAGAUAGAUUCAAUUUCAAAAAUUCUCUUCCUCUUUUCCCAACUUUGACUGAUUAUUAAAUUAUUUUUUAAAUUGUUAAU